AUGUUCAAGCAAGUCUUCUGUGUUUUAUUUGGUAUGCUUAUGUUGAGUGCCUUAUCAUAUGGCAAGUCAUCCAAACUUCGACCGUCGACGAACGAAGACGACGACGCCAACCUCAUUGAUCUAAAAGGCAAAAAUGAAGAGUUCGAAAAACAAUUACUACGAGCACAUAAUGAUCUUCGUGCGCGUCACUGCGUUUCACCUCUUCGACUUGACAAAGAUCUUAGCCGAAGAGCUCAACAACAAGCUCAAAGAUUAGCUGAUUCGAAUGGAAUGUCACAAAGUCGUCCAAGUGAUUUAGGACAAAACAUGUUUAUGAAGAGUGUGUUUGGUGGUCGUACUAAUGAGAAAAUUCACGGUGACGAAGUUGCCAACGAAUGGUACCGUGGCGGAAAAUCUUACAAUUAUAAUCGAGGAGGUUUUUCAAUGGAAACAGGUUCAUUUACUCAACUUGUUUGGAAAAAUUCUCAACGAAUUGGUGUUGGUAUUGCCUAUACCGCCGAUGGGCAAACUGAAUAUGUCAUUGCCUAUUACUCACCACCAGGCAACUUCGGAAAUCAAUAUCGAGAAAAUGUUCUUCCAGCUAAAUGUUAA